CUACACACACAGCACACACAAACUUCCAACAUGGCUCCUGGCAGUUAAUGUAGAGAGAGGUGGAGGAAUAUCUUGGCACUUGGAACCUCCCUACCCACGAUUUCUGAUGACAACUUACACGAAUCUGACAACCUCAAUCUUGUAAUUUGUUGUGUAUUAUUUUUGAAGUGUAAAUAUACUCUAGACAGCUGGUUUUUACAGUGGCUAAAUCCACACAAUGUGAGUGUUCUCCCCUUGCUGUCGUUUAGAGUUGCUGCCAGCAUUUGUGUCUGACAAGGAAACAGGAUUAAAGUCCAAUGUAGUCGUAUUAGGCUGUCCCUAAAUGGCAGCACGGGGACCGCCAGAAGAUGAAGACGACAAGAAUCACGAGAGAUUGUACGUUAAGGUUCAGCGGGAAGAACGCAAACUUAUCCCCCCUGUCCAGCUAGCUAGACAAGAGAUCAGAAUGACCUAUCUGCCCUCGGAUCAACCACUGCCAUGCAUCAUCACUACCUCAUCAUCCUCCGAGGGCAGACGACAGGAAACGGAAGGAAUCGUGGGUAUGGAAGUCAGUCCACUGGGAUCGCAAAGCAAGGUCCGAGUGCCAAAGAUGGCUGGUCCCCAUGGAAGCCCAAUUGCUACUUCGACUGUCAUGGAGAUGUCUUCAUCUGUGAUGGCAUCAUCCAGCAGACAGGCAAAAAUGGAAGUGAAGUCUUCUAGCAAGUCAUCCCAGCAAGAGGAACUUCUCAAUGCUCAAGUGUUGGAAUUUUUUGAAGAACACGGCAAGAAUAUUCAAGAACAACAGCAACACCAGCAGCAAACACAAGCUUUAGUUCCUCAUUUUCAGCAACACAAACGAUCUCCAAGUCCCAGUGCAGUCAGACAAAGCAUUGGGCUGGAUCAUCUUGAUAAUCUAGUCAAAUUAAUGGAACAGCUAUCAACCUUAAGGGAUGAAAAUCUCAAACUGAAGAAAAAAUGUGAUUACUUGGAAAGUACCAAACACCUUUUACAGAUUAAAAGUGCUGUGGAAUCCGAAAUUGGAUACUUAACACAAGGAGGCUCAAAUUCACUUCCAAAGCCUAAAUCCAAGUCAAAAAGUGUAGUAAGAGUCAAAACAAGACAAAGACUUCCCAGUGCUGAGGAUGCUCAAUGUUUGGAAAGGUUGGAGGUGCAUUCAGAAAGCAGCAUAAAGAGACCUAAGGCAGUUCCUCUCAGUAAACGAAGCUUCUCUACUGGUUCUAUAGACAUUCCAUCUGAUAUCAUGGAACAGUCAGGAGAGGAAGAGAUCUCAGAAAAAAUGUUAAGUUUAUCCACAAACAAAAACAGGAGAAGUAGCCGCUGCAGCAGUAAAGCUUCCAAGUCUCCAACAACCAAACGCAAAGCAAAGACUUCCAACUGGUCCAAAAUUAUAAAAGUCAUUACAAGGCAAAAGGCACCAGAACCAUAUACAUUAAGUUUGAAAGGCAGUAGGAAAUCCCAGCAAGGCAGGCCACAUAGCAAGGAGCUGACUGUGCCUAUUUCUGCUGUUGAUGGCAGAUCUGUAGACAGUGGAGUAGGCAGUGGCCUGGAGGCAGACGGCACAGAGGCACAACGAAAAUCCACUUCCUCUGGAGAACCUAUGAGUCCCCCUCCUUUCACCAAAGAGGAGCUAAAGCAAAAGGAAGAGUUGGAUCUAACAUCAGAUAUUUGGAUGGGGCCUCCAGAGUGGAUUAAAAAACAUGAGGAUGAAUUUUCCGCAGUGACAUCUGACCAAAGUGAAAAGGAAAUUAUAAUUCUUAAAUCUAAUGACAGCAAAGAUGAUUCAGAUUAUCUUCUUCAAGUUCCGAUCACACGCAGGAAAUCGAGUCCGUCCUUGCUGGACCACAGCGACCGUGAGGAAGAUUCCUCGGAUGAGGAGGAGGAAGACUUCACUCCUCUGAGGAGAUCCUCAAGUUACAAAGUACCGUCUACUCAAGAAAACUCAGACAUCAAAGACGUAGUGGACUCACCAAAACUGAUCAAGAAAACCCAUAAAACACCACUAGGAAAAGUGGGAAAGAUCUUCCAUGUGCGCAAAGACAGUAUAAAGAAGCAGUUAAUUAAAAAACAAAGACAUCUAGGAGAGGAUUUAGACAUGGAUUUGGAAGGAGAAGAUGAGGGUCCUAUUGGAAGGUCAACACCUAAAACCUCCCCCUCAGUUUUAAGGCAGAGGACCCUGGAGCUAGCAGAGUCCCCACCCUCUAAAGCUUCAACAAGUCAUGGAACUAUCGAUGUCUCAGCAUUGAUGGGUAAUGUGUCAGAUGAUUUUUCUAAGAAAAUGAAAGAAUGGAAUGAACUGCAGACGACAAAGAGAUUUUCAGCAUCACAGAGAGAAGGCGAAGGCAUUGAAGCUUCAAUCCCCGAGCAGAUUGCCGCAGUGUCCCCAGAAUUCCAGAAAAAAAUGGACGAAUGGGAAAGAACCAGGAGCAUCAAAUACAGCAGUGAAGAUCAUGACAAGUCGGCAUCGCGAGAAUCAAGAGAGGGAUCCCCAGAAGCCUUCACUCCACCCGACUCCCUGUCCCAGCCAAUCAACAUCGAGGAAAUUCAGAGAAAGCUCACCGACAGCUUCUCACGGAAAAUGGAGGAGUGGGAAAAGCAGAAAUACAAGGUUAGGGAGGGGAGUCCAGGCCUGAUCCGAAGAAACAGUGGCGGAAAAUCCAUCACUCGAAAAGAGGAAAGACAGAAGAGUAGGAAAGUUAAGGAAGGGAAAGGAAAGCUGGAGAGACAGAGAGAAAGAGAGCUACAGAGGGUGGAAAAAGAACAACAGAAACUGGAGAAAGAAAAAAUGAGAUUAGAGAAAGAGAGACUAAAAGCCCUGGAGCGUGAGGCAAGGAUAGAGAAAAUGAAAGGAAGGCUUAGUCAAUCGGAUAUGGAUUCCAAAUUCAAAAAUCCAGUGCUCAGUCCCCUAGCAGAAUACAAAGUUACUUCAGAUUUUGCUAAAAAGUUACAUCAGUGGGAAUUAAAGAAAGGACCAGGAUCUGUUUCCAUGGCAACUUAUCUUGAAACACAACAGAAAAGUCUAGGUCAAAGUCCAAGUCCUGAUAGCUCAUCAAAAAAGGAGAGUUUCUCAGUGGAGGACCAACAACAACCACAACCGGUUAGAAAACUUUCCAAAGGUCAAAAGCCACCACCUUUGACCCUCAUGCCUUGCUCUGACUCACCAGAUGAAGUGUCACCAGGUGCAAGGUCAAGGUCAUCUUUGGACAGUUUUGAAGAUGAGACCUCCAUAACCACAGAGAGCAUGACCGAGUCCAACAUAUCCAGUCUGGAGAAAGCCAACGCUCGUUUGCUGGAGGAGUUGCAGGAGAAAGAGAUGGAAUACGCCAAUCUACAGGAAGAGGUCCGCGACCUGAACGACAAACUGAACAAGGCCAGGAUACAACAUUCCACAGAGCUAGAACACUAUAAAGAAUGCCUUGCAGGUGGGAGCACCGUUCCCCCAUUGUCCCCCUUUACAAUGUCCAACCAGCUCACGGAACUCGAGAGCAAAAUCCAGGAACUUAAAAGCUUCGGAGAAAACCUUGCCGUUACUCUGGAAAGUGCUGCGGUCUGUAAAUGGCAGUCAAUAGAGGGAGAGGAGAAUGUGAACUCAAGACUGAUGGACCUGCUGGAAAAGAUGAGGCAAAUGUUGAUCCAAGCUUCACAAUCAGAAGAAGUAUACCAGAAAUCCUCUGCUCUGCACAGUUUUGAGAAGCUCUACAGUCAAGCCAUGCAGCUACAGGUGCAGCUGAGCAACCUAAGGUUGAGUCAGAUUGAGCGCAACAAGGAGAUUAUGUCCAUGAAGAGGCAGCUAUUGCUACAAGAGGCUAACAACCUGCUGCUACAAGCAGACAUCACACGACGGGAGACGGAGCUACUACGCUACAAACAAGUGGCCAAGAAGAACCCGAGUCUGAAACGCUGGAACACGUAUGGAGGCAUGGAGGGCAGAGUUGUGGAAGGCAAAGAAGCUGAGUCUGUUCCACCAUACAAAAGAUUCACCAAAAACAUCGUCAACAAGUCAGUUGUGACAAAUCUUGGAGAUUUUUCUUGCACACAAAUAAAAACAUGUGUUAUAGAUACCAGCAAGGAUGAAAGUAUGAGAACAGAUGAUGCUUCUCCAAUGAUCACACGUCAUUCAGAUCCCAAAACUUCAUCAUCAGUCAUCCAUGUAUCACAAGCCAUUCAUCCCAUUCCACGAAAACCACCAACUCCCGAAGGAGUUCCCACCUCCCAGGAUCAAGAGAGGGAACCACCAGAGACAUUCGAAUCCACUGUAGUUGUUCCAGCCAAUCAGGAUCCAAGAAAAAUCAUCCACACCGACAAAGGAGUGGAAAUAUCGCUCACCAUCAAGUUACCUAAAGCUAACGUCAGCUUGCCUAGAGACCUCUCACAACAUGAGCUCAGUGUACCCAGAAGCCAAAGAGGAAAAUCUGUGGAUGCUUCCAAAGUCACCAUGAGUCAAGUCAGUGAAAUCAGUGAAACAUGUUCAGCGUCGGAUAUUACCGAAAUGAAGUUCCCCGAGCUGUUGAUACCCGAAUGGAAAAAGACAACGGAUGGAGGGCUAAUGAAGGUGGGGAGGCUGGCAGUGGAGGAACCCGUUCUGAGUAACUCGGUCCCUUCAGUGGCCAGUCAUCCACUCAGUGAAACCAUUCCAGUGACCUCGGAUUCAUCUCAGUCAGAUUCAGGUCACUACACUUCUGUUUCUGCCGAUGUAUCCAAGGAGAAAUCUGUGGACCAAAGGGUUCCUGUUAUCACUGAAGAUCAGGCCAGAACUCUGGAACAGAUGGCCCAGAACAAGAGACAUACAUUUACUGGAGUGAUGGACACAGGGUCUGAUACUGCCAUUGCAGCUAAACCUCUCAAACAAACGUCAGUUACGAUAAGUCCUAUGAUCUGUAGACGAACUUACGAGUCAAGUGUUCAUUGGCCAAGGUUGAGAAAUAUAUCAAAUAUUCACAGGAUCAAACCAGCUGAAGAACUUCUGCAAGAAAGCAGGAGAUAUAGACAAGGUCAAUCCAUUUACAUGACAAGAAUUUUACAAAAGUAUGCUCUAAGUGAAGAAACCAAAAAAUAUUUUGAUGAAAGACAGUCAAGUUAUGACAAAGAAAAUUUUGCUCAUCAUGGCUAUGUGAAAACCAUAGUGCAGAGGUUAUCGCGUGAGGGAACUCCUGAUUCGGGAGGUAGCAGCAGUAAUGUCUCCACCAAGCCAGGAACCUCAAUCACAAUACACAGGGCGGAUUCCCCGCGAACAAAGUCUGAAUUUGUACAACAAAUCGUGAGAAAACUCUCAGCUCCCAGUGGACCAGGUCAAUCUAGAACUGGUGUUGCUCCCUUAAAAGAUUUAACCAAUGGUGUUGGUGUGAAAAAAUUGGCUCAGGCAUUUGACAGUGGAAGAAAUACCCCAGAAAAAACUCUCUCUGACACUGAGCAAAAACCAUUCAAAUCUGUGUUAGUGACAAGCUUGAGACAAAAGAGUCAUGACUUAGGUCACAUUUCCUUUGAUUCAUCUUCAUCCACUUCAACUUUAACUUCUCCGAAUACAACAGAAGAUUUUGAUCCAUUUGAUGGUAGAAAAGAAUCAACUGUUAGUGAACAUGUGAUAAAUUUUUCAUCCAUGCCAUUGUUAAGUGUAGCAGAGGAGGACUCUUCAGAUACAAAUAAUGGCUACAGGGAACGGGCAGCCACGACGUGCGAGGCCAGCUCAUCUCAAGGAGCCAGGAGCAGUCAGAUCGAUGAGAUCCAUGCUUUCUCCGAUAGCGACAUUUCCUGUCCGUCUUCUGGUAAACGCCACAUAUCUCAUAAGACAAUAGUCCCAGCAGGUGCCACAAAGAUGGAAAUUGUGUUUCCCCAAAGACUCACAGAAAAAGGCAGUGGAAAGGUGAAAAUGGGAACAAUAGGACUGCUAUGUCAACAGACAAUGUUGUCGUUUGAUCUCGGUUUGACAAUGAAAGCAGAGCAGCAGCAACAGAAGGAAACAACGGAAGUGAGACUCCGAAAAAAGAGCGAGGGUGAAGAGGAAAGACCCCGGCCACUCUCUUCAUGUUCCGACACCUCAAACGAGGAAAAGAAAAAAGCCAAAUCCAAAUUUUUUGAAUCCAACUGGUUGCAAAGGCCAAGAAGGUUUUUCAAAGUUUCGAAAUGCUGCGAUAGAACAGCUUCAGAAAAUAUUAAUGUUUUUGAUAGAUGAAGGAGCUUUUGAAAAUAUUCCGGAGAUUGAUGCUGACACUUAUUGAGUGUGUAAGGUCUGACAAACUGGAGUUGUGUUAUACAGGAAGGAAGCUACUGUUGUCAUGGAGAUGAUCACCUGUUUCCAUGACAUCAAAGAUGGCCGCACUCCAUGAAGACGCCACAAUGGGGACUCACUCAAGCCCCAAAGCAGUAGACGAGUAGAGGCCGUCCAGUUCAAGUGACCAUUACUGGUCAAGACAGUUAUCUGGACCAUUCUCUAACUGCUGUCCAAGGAAAGGAACGACACUCAACUUGAUAAAAAAUAAAAUCCAACUGAAAAAAAAAAUCUCCAUAAAUGACCUUUAUUUCAGCAAAAUUGUUUUCGCAAAUUGGCUUUGCAACCUAGUUACAGGACAUUUUAAAUCAUGAACCUUCGGUAGAAACCUCAAUUAUAGUUUGUUCUUUCAUAUAUGUUCAUUGAAUAAAGAUUGCUCUGACCAAAAGGUGGUAUAAUGAUCUAGUCUAAUUUUCAUCUCAUCGGAUAAAAUCUGGACAUUUUUAUCCUGAUUUGUGUAUUUAUAAAUUCUUCUGUAUUCAAUGUUCUGCCAAAUCCUGGUCAUAGUCGUUUCAUCCAUUUAGUCAUAGAUGAUAUAAGAUACAUACAGGGCACACAGAAGAUAUUGUAGAUAUUUGGAAUGAAUUAAUUUAUAAAGAUUUUAAAAUAGAAUAAUAUAUUAUUGAGAAAGAAAAAUUAUAUAGAAUAUGGGGAAAAAAUGUAAUUUGAUUUUAGACAUAUAUUUUGUUUAGAUAUUUUUAAAAAAAAUCUAAAAAUAUACCAUGUAGAUUGAUGUAGCAUUAAAUGCAUCUAGAUUGGUACUAUAACAGUAUUGUUCUUGAUGGUAGCAUAAAAUGCAAAACCUGCCAAAGAAAGUGUGCUAAGUCCAUUCACUAUACAUGAAUCUCGGUUAUAAUUCUUCACCCCUUAGAAUUUUACUGGGUUUCUCAAUAUUUACAACCAACAAAAUGGUGCUAUAUAUAUACAGAUAUCAUGCAGUUUGUGUGUUUGAUUAAUGAUGUCAGAAUAAAAACAAUGAAAGUUA